AUGGCUGAAAUAAAGCUGUGGCUUUCAGAGAAUUAUAUAACUUAUCAUCCAACUUUAAGAAAGCCGUCUCUAUUGGUCUUGGAAAGAAAAUACAAGCCUGACCCCGUGUAUUUUAUUGAUGAACUUCUAGCGGAUUAUGAUCACACAGUAGUGAGAUUGCCGCCUUACCAUUGCGACCUUAAUCCAAUAGAGUUGAUUUGGUCACUGGCAAAACGGAAGGUGGCACUACAAAAUGUUGGAGCAAAGGAUAUAAAACAGCUCACUGAAGAAGCGUUCAGUAGUAUAACCACUACUGAUUGGAAGCAAUGCUGUGAGCACGUAAAAAAAAUUGAAAGGGAGUACUAUGAACGAGGCACUACGUUGUAUGAAGAUAUUGAUCAACUCGUCUUACGUGUUGGUGAGGACAGCAGCUCUGAAUCAGAGUCAGAGUCUGAAGCCGAAGAUAUUGACAUGCAAGUAGGGGCAGCUACAUCGCAAGACUCUUACGAACCAAGUAUUGAGGGGAUUGAAUACUUGGAUUUCGACCUACUAGAAUAA